AUGCACUUGCACUGGAAGUACAGGGAGCUGGUGAAGAUAUUAGUGAAAGCGAAGUCUUUUGCAGACGUGAAGAGGAUGGCACUAUCACUUGAGGCCGAGAGCGGCGGAAUUCUAGUUUCAGUUGACAAAGUCUCCAAAGGCUACGCCAUUGUUGUGUUCCGCGGGAUGAACUAUCGGCGCCCUUCUUCGCUCAGGCCUAGAAAUCUCUUGUCAAAGCGGAAGGCUUUGGCCAGAUCCAUUGAGCUUCAGAGACAUCAGGCCUUGAGUCGUCAUUUUGCAAAGCUAAACAGAAAGGUGGAGCAGCUUAAAGCAGAACUGGUCCAGAUGGAAGACGUGAAGGGCCAAGGAGACGAGGAGCUGUACGCCAAACUGGAUGCCGCGUAUUCGAGCGACGAGGAAGACAUGGAGGAUGAGGACGACGAGGCCUACCUCAAGCGCCUCGACAAUGAGGUCGCCGGUGCUACCGCCGAGGAUGGCAGCGAGUCCGUGGACGACGAGGCCGAUUACCCUGACUCAGACGAUGAAGUUGGUGAUUACUCCGACGAAGAUGACGACGAUGGCGAGGACGACGAGGCUUUCGGCUAUGACGACGAUGAUGAGGCGGCUACCGCCGCUGACUUUCGCGCCGGCGAAGUAGGUUUCAGUUCUUCUGACAGAGGAAACCACGGGUUAGACGAAGGUGCUGGCUCGUGUGGGGAAUGGGAUGGCAAAUGUAACGAGGCAAGUGACGGUGGGCAGCACUCGCACACCGAGCAGCCACCUGAGCUGGCGAGCUCCCGUACUGGCAGUGCUACAGUGCUAGCUAGACGGCUCUGUACAGCCGCACGGCUCAGCACGUAA